AGUCAAUGCGUUGAGACUUGCGUCCAAGUUGCAUCGGCGUCUAAUUGGCUGAGCGUUUCAGGUUGUUCUCGACUUUCCAGUAGGUGGUGUUUGAGUUGUGUCACGUAACUGACUCUUAUUUCAGUAAUAAGAAACCAUGGCAGCAACUAAAGAUGCUGGUUCUCUGGAGAAGUCUGAGGACACUAUGGACGCCUUCAAACUAUUUUCAAAAAGGACGAAUCCAUCGAAUGGCAGUAAUAAAGCUGAGGAAACAGACUCUGUUCCCAUCAGCAAAGUGUCAGCCCACAACCCAUAUCAGUACAAGAUGGACUACCCAAACAUGGGAAUCUGCCUGAUUAUCAACAAUAAGAACUUCGACAAAAGCACAAGGAUGAGCACUCGUAACGGGACCGAUGUCGACGCCGCUUUUGCCAUGAAAACUUUUAAGGAACUGGGUUACACCAUUAAAGUGGCCACUGAUCAGACUGUAAAGCAGAUGAUGAGUCUCCUGUUAAGUGUAUCCCAAGAGGACCACAGCUGCAAUGCAUCAUUUGUGUGCGUGUUGCUAAGUCAUGGUGAAGAGGGUGUGAUUUUUGGAACUGAUGGAUUUGAAAUGCUUGAAAAUUUGACAAAACCUUUCAAAGGACAUCGUUGCAAGACUCUGGUGGGAAAACCAAAGCUCUUCUUUAUACAGGCAUGCCGUGGCUCGGAACUGGAUGGGGGGACGGGCCUCCAAGCCGACAGUGUUGAGGAGCAAACAUCGGAGAGGAUUCCUGUGGAGGCCGACUUCUUGUAUGCCUAUUCCACAGCUCCAGGCUACUACUCUUGGAGGAACACGCAAAACGGUUCCUGGUUCAUGCAGGCAUUGUGCGAGAUGUUGCAGCGAUUCAAAGGCGAGUUGGAACUGAUGCAGAUCAUGACUCGGGUCAACUACAAGGUGGCAACGCACUUCGAAUCCAACUCCUGCCUUCCCGGCUUCACUGGCAAGAAGCAGAUUCCCUGCAUUGUCUCCAUGUUAACCAAAGACCUUUACUUCCCUAAAUAAACCGAUCGUGACAGUGUAGCACAAUCAACGUGCUUCUACAUUUCAUUUUAAACUAUUCGGUUGUAGUAAUGUUUUUACUUACAUUUCCAUUUUACUUGCUUUUUGGUGUUUUGAACAUUUCACAACACCGUUUUAAAGAUUUAGGAGUACUGACAGUACAUUAAGUCAUGGGGGUGGGGACAAUGUCUAAGUUGU